CUUCACUACCGCAUCAAUAUUACUCUCCUCUUCAUUAAUACUUGGCUCCAAAUGUCACACACCAAAAUGUUGAGGGUUAUCAUCACUUCAACAAUCCUCUUGUUGUCGUUGCUGCUAGCACGACCACCUCCGGCAGCCAAUUUGGCCGCCGCAGUUCAGGCUCUUCCUCCGAAUCCGAUGAUGAUGAUGUUUACAUAGUGUAUAUGGGGGCUGCAAACCCAACAAACUUGGCCAUGAAAGAAGCGGUUCUCGGCUCCCUACUUCAGAGCGGGGGGAGGCAGGAGAUGGACAUUUUAAACACAUAUAAUCAUGGGCUAUCGGGCUUCGCGGCCCGUCUCUCAGCCGAGGAGGUGGAGUCCAUAGCAGCCCAACCAGGAGUGGUGUCGGUCUUCCCGGAUUCCAACCUGCAGCUUCACACCACCAGAUCCUGGGACUUCCUCCAAGACCUCAGUGGAUCCAACGCCGUUCCUCCUCUCCCGGCCACUUCACGGCCCGACAGCAGCAACGUUGUAAUAGGCAUCUUCGACAGCGGGAUAUGGCCCGAAGCCCAAAGCUUUCGACACGAAGGAACCAAUCUCAGCGUCCCACGUGGCUGGAAGGGCACCUGCGUCACCGCAGCAGACUUCAACGAAACUGCCUGCCAUGGGACGAAAAUCGUUGGAGCGAGGUACUACAUCAGCGACAGCCCAAGAGACUAUGACGGGCACGGGAGCCACGUGGCGUCGACGGCGGCCGGAGCAACCGUGGAGAAAGCUUCCUUCUACGACGGCCUUGCCGCGGGCACCGCCAGGGGAGGAUCGCCGCCUGCAAAGAUUGCGGUGUACAAAGUUUGCGACGAGGAUAAUUGCCGGUCCCGUAUCCUCCUCCACGCAUUUGAUGAUGCCAUCGCCGACGGUGUCCACAUCAUCUCCAUGUCACUCGGCUCUCGCCAUCUCAAGGAGUUUCUCGAGGACCCACAGGCAAUCGGUGCCUUCCAUGCCGUCGAGCAUGGGAUCACGGUCGUUUGUUCAGCCGGAAACAGCGGGCCCCGGCCGUCCACGAUGUCUAAUGAUGCGCCGUGGAUCGUGACAGUGGCUGCCUCUACCGUGGACAGGGAUUUCCGAUCCGACAUCCUCCUCGGAGGAGGCAAAGUUAUAAAGGGUGAAUGGAUAGGGCUACCCGAUCUGAGUGGAUCUCCGAUCUACCCGCUGAUAGACGGCCGAUCAGCAAAGGCAGGCAAUGUGUCCUUCCGUGCGGCAAGAGGUUGCAAACCCGGUUCCCUAAACAAGAAAAAGACUCAAGGAAAAUUGGUGAUCUGUGAUAUCAAAGACGAGGGAAACGACGUUAAGUUUAUCAACCAAGUGGUCGAGGUGGCAGUUAAAGGUGGAUUAGGUGUAAUAAUCGCUAAUAACGAAUCCAAAAGGGUGGCCCAGUACCUAUGGGACGUACCCAUCACCAAGGUCGGCUCUAGGGAAGCUGCACAACUUAUGGCAUAUCUCAAAACUACCAGGAAACCUUUGGCAACCAUCCUGCCGACCGUAGUUGUGGGAAACUAUACACCAGCACCGGAAGUUGCGUUCUUCUCGUCCAGGGGACCUUCGAGCAACUCGGCCGACAUUAUCAAGCCCGACGUAACUGCCCCUGGAGUGGACAUCCUUGCCGCUUCUUCGUUAGGCGAAGAGUCACCGAACAAGCCAAAAGGAAGACCUAAGUCGAGAUUCAAUAUCGCGUCUGGAACUUCAAUGUCGUGUCCUCAUGUUUCAGGGGUUGCGGCCAACAUCAAGGCCGCUAACCCUGCUUUCACCCCAUCCGCCAUUAAAUCCGCGAUAAUGACCACAGCCUUUUCGAAUAACAACCUGGGAUCUCGGAUUACGACACACACAGGAGAGGAGGCCACUCCUUAUGAUUUGGGAGCAGGAGAGGUGAAUCCAAGGGGAUCCCUCAACCCAGGGCUUGUGUACGAGACGGAGAUUACACACUACCUGCGCUUCAUGUGUUACUAUGGCUACGACACCAAGACCAUACGGUUCAUCUCCAAAAUCGCACAGUCCUCAAACUUCUCGUGUCGUCCUAACUCCAGAUCGAGCCUCAUCUCCAAUCUCAACUUCCCGUCGAUUUCGGUUCUGUUGCGGCGCCCAAACCAAAUCAGGACGGUUCGGAGGGUAUUGACCAAUGUUGCGGGCAACGGUAACUGGACCUACUCGGCAGUGGUCGAAUUGGGAGGAUCAGAUGCUGCUCAAGUACUGCCUUGUGUUAAAGUCAAGGUAUUUCCGACAAGAUUGGUGUUCACCAGAAAUGGAGAAAGGUGCUCCUACAGGGUCAGAUUUUCCACCAAGGAUGGGUAUGCUAUGAACCAAGAGGUUGUGUACGGUUGGAUAACUUGGACCAACCCACAUUUCAAGGUUCGGUCUCCAUUUGUGGUCCGAAGUAAUUAAUUUGUUUCACACAAAGCGGCCGGUUAUAAGUUAUAUCAUUUGUUCCGCGUUGAAACGAAUCUAUCCUUGUUGUUGUGUGUAAUUGGUACAAAGUAGGGUGAAAUGAGUCUCUUUGUGGGUGUGGAGGAAGGGAAAUGUUAUAUCUGGUCAUGCCAUUAUAUAUGUAUGGAGCUACCAUUUCCUUUUUUUUUUUUAGCUACUUAAUAUAUAUCCAUGUCAUGA